CUGCGCGCUGCUGGGAGAAGAAGCGUGAACUUGAACGCCGUCGCUUCAGCUCAGUGCGAGUCCAGGCGGAGGCCAGCAAGUCUUAUCAGUCCGUCCCCGCCGCUCGAGUGUCGGUCAACUUAUCAGAGAAGGACCAGCUGGACUGGGUUUGGUUUGGGACCCUGAAAAGGUGCCAAACGCUCUACGCGAUGUCCAGGCGCAAACUUGGAAGCCGACCGCAGCACCUGAGUGCUAUUCAAGAUGCUCCUGAUAUGGAGGGAGGCACAGGCUCCUCAGGUGACCAGCCUCCUCUUCCUCCUCCACCAGUUUGUUUGCCUGAUGAAGGUCGUGACUUGCUGACCUGUGGCCAGUGCAGCCAGGCUUUUCCGCUUGCUCACAUCCUGGCAUUCAUCCAGCACAAACAGGGUGGCUGCGGCUCACAAAACCAAGCCACCGACGCCGCCACCACCCCACCUUCACCUGCCAGCCGAGCCGGGCACCAUCAGGUCGCCAACGCCAAACCUGGACCGGGCUUCAUCGAGCUCCGAAGAGGCGGUGGCACCAGGGACCAGUCCUGGGUGGAGGAGCCCGAUGUGAGCUUGAAGGCGGAGCUUAGCAAACCAGCUCUAGAUGAGCCCUUGUUUUUCACCUGCCUGCAGUGUGAAGGUGUGUUUUCAUCUGCGUGGGCACUCUUGCAGCACGCUCAGCACACACACUCCUUCUGCAUCUACCAAGAGGGUGAGGACUACGACAUGGGGGGAAGAGGAGGGGGCCAUAAACAGAGCAAACCUGCAGCAGCCAUUCUGGACCCACGCCACCUCAGCCAGGCUCUUGCUUCUGCUUUUCACCGCCGCUCCCAUCAGACUCACUCCACCUCCUCCAGUGGGAAUCUGCAGGCGUUGAACUUUUCAGUACGACUCAGAGAGUUUGCCGAGGGGAAUAACCUCAACAGCAGCUCUUCCAUGGACCUCGGGUUGUCCCCGUCUUCGUCUCCUCCAGCAGCUUCUACUUUUCCUCAGACCGGUUCUCUUCCAGCGGACUUCCACUGUAAGCUGUGUGAGCAGAACUUCCCCUCCCUGCGGGCCCUCUCUUCCCACCGCCGGACUCACUCCUGCGAGAGGCCCUAUCACUGCGGAGUGUGUGGGCAGGCCUUCGCUCAGAGUGGUCAGCUGGCUCGUCACAUAAGGAAUCACCACAGGGAUGCUGCAGGUGCAGGAAGUGGCUGUGAGUCGGUGGAGACUGUCUUGUUGGAGGAGGAUGCUGGGAGGAUAAGAGGGAGGCUUCAGAUGCAGUCAGCGAGAGCGGCAAAGGGAGUUCAGGGCUCCUCUGAGCUGGACCUGACCAUACCUAAACACCCAUCCUUGGCUUCAGGUCUAAUGCUGCUGACCUCCCAGCUCAGACCCCCAGACAAGGAGCUGCUCAGGCUGUACCAGAACCACAGAGCUGGGACGGAGGGAGGAGAGGAGGGAGUUGAGGCUCAUGGGGAGCCCCAGGCCACCUCCCCCUGCGCAAGUCCCUCUGAAGGUUCGCUAGAGAGCGGGGAGACGGGAGGAAGUGGCGAAAGCGGCAUCGCCAGUGGCAACUGCACGCCUAAACGUCCAGAGAUGAGUGACAGGACGCGAGGAGUCGGAGAGUGGGACAGUGAAAGAGGGGAGCUCAUUGAGAGGGAGAAGGAGUGGGCUUCCACUCAAGUCAGUGAGGCGGUGCAGGAGUGGCAGAGGGACUACGAGAGGAGGAGUACCACUGCAGGAGGUGCUGCUAACGGUAAAGGAAACAAUGGCUCCACUCCAGGUUCAACUGGGAAGAAGAAGAAGGACGAGGCCUGUGAAUUCUGUGGUAAACAGUUCAGGAACAGCAGUAACCUGACUGUGCACCGACGCAGCCACACAGGCGAGCGGCCGUACCGCUGUGGCCUCUGCAACUACGCCUGCGCUCAGAGCUCCAAGUUAACACGCCACAUGAAGACCCACGGUGCUCAGGGGGCCAAGGCGUCCUUCUUGUGCCAGCUGUGCGCCGUGCCCUUCACAGUCUAUGCCACCCUGGAGAAACAUCUGAAGAAAGUUCACGGCCUAAGCCACGCCAGCGUGGGAGCGUACGCACAGGCCAGCGCCGCGGACACUUUAGCUGCUUUAAGAGUGGGGGAGGAACAAGCAGUGGUGAAGAUGGAGGAGGAGGAGGAUGAGGCCAAUUUGGACAUGGAGAAUAAAAUUCAGGGUGAUGUGUUAGUUAGCAUGAAGGUGGAAGAGGAACAAAGCCAAGCAGAAUAUGCAGAGGGCAGUCCAGCCCUAGCAGAAGAUCUCCCACAUGAAAACAAUGCAGAGGUGAGCUUAGCUUUAACUUCUGCUCUCUGAGAGAGAGAAAAUUUUAAAAAGCACUUAACUGAAAUCAAAAGUCACGUUUGAGGAAGAAACUGCAAGACUUUUUCCUCAGCAGCAGGGAGUCUCAUGGUCCUGCCAGCACAGAGGCACACAGCAGCCUGCAGUCAAUUCAGUGCAAAGCUGCUAGUUGAAAGUAAAGUGCCUACAGUUCUUCAGACCACAGAGAAAAACAAGGCCGUGACAUUCAGCAGGGAGAUUACCAUAGCUCAUGAACAGGAAGUGUGCCGCCACAGUCCACAUCAACACAGGAAACCGAUCACCAUGUUGCAGCGCAGGAUGCAAAAGACUUAUGAUUUAUGUCUCUGAUGACCUACUGGACAGGUGGAGAUGAAUAACUACUGUCAAACAAACCACAGUAAAAACAAGUAAAUAUAUAUAUUGAUUUUAAAACGCCCAGCAAUAGAGGAAUGUUAAUAUAUUCAGCUCCAGGGGAUGGAGGGAGGUCAUGUUGUGCUACCUAGCUGUUUUCUUUUGAGAAUACCUUUUAAAGACUUUAGAACAGACACAGAGCUGAUCUGAAUCCAAACACCGUCUGCCUGUAGUUUGUCACACUCCUCUUUUUAAAGGCGCUUGGUUGUCACAACACUUGUCACUUCAUGUUUACAGGGCCCACAGGGCCGAACAAGGUUGUGCUCCAAACUUUGUAACCGUACGCAUGAAUAAGUUCCUGCUUUUCUUUCAAUUUCUAAUUUUAUAGAUGUGCAGAUAGACUUUUAAAGUCUCACCUACUGAUGUUUUUGUAUGAUUAGUCUCUAUGCAUAAAAAACCAGCAGUUUUCUCUGUGAAACGGGUGUGUAUAGUUUCCCCCUUUGCUCUGUUUUCCCUCUCUGGUCUUUUCUGUUGGUGAGGUGCCGGACUGUGUGGAGCUCGUGCAUGCUUCGAAGCCGUUUAAAGAUGUUUCUGUUGGUGCCUGUCUUUGAAUUCUUCCUAAUUUAUGGACUCUGCAUGUUGAUUGCUCAACGGACAUAGUCUGUUUUCAUUGCUGAACCUACAGGGUCGACGGGUGCAGUCGUUUGUUGGAAGGCUGCAGAGUCUGAAUGAGCACUUGGGUGAAUGUAGGCAUGUGAAAAUGUGUUUUAUGCAAUUUACCCCUAAUCUUUGCCAUCGUUUCACUGACUCGGUUGUCUCCGUGCUGAGAUUCUGGUGUGUCAUCUGACUUGUUGGUAUUUUGACACAAAGUUGGCUAAUUUCACAAUAAAACCUCCAGUAAAUUGUCCGCUUUUUAUCUCUACUGUAAUAACUCCGGUACAUCUGAUGCUUUCAGGUCAAAACUUUUUUUUAAAGUGAAUAAAAGUGAGUUGAGUGCUGUGUAACUGUUCAGGGAAGAUGUUUGUAUAUAGUUCUUAUUGCGCUCCUUGUUAUUUAUCUGCCUGCCCCUGUUACAUAUGAUUCAUGUUCAUUUAUAUGCUUAAAACCGAAGCUAUGUGGCUUUUCUGUCUGUAAAAUUUACAUAUUGUUAUGAAUCUUUUCACAAGAAGCCUCAAUAAAGACUUGAGAUGAAA